UAAGUCACACGACCAACAUCGUGCGCGUUUAUAACCAAUGAGCGUGUAGAUCAGCCGGAACGCGAGAGGUCGCUUUUGUGUGUCAAAAUAAAAGCCGACGAAGUUUCUAACGCUGGAAAGCUGCAGCUCAUUCUAAAGAUAUUGUAAGGUCACGUUUGAUAUUUCAGCAAUGUUGGGAAAUUGGUCAAUUCAUUGAGAGUAAUGGAACAUUCACGUUUAUACAAAAAAGUCCCGAUUAGCUUGUACAUUUAAACAAUAUCCACACCUGACCCUAUAAGACCCUAUAAGUUAAAACAGGGGUUCCCAAACUUUUCCACGACAAGGCCCCUCAAAUGGCAUUAAAAUUUGACCGAGGCCCCCCUUUUGCAAGAUGUCUUUAAAACACAUUAAAAAUACAGACUUCUGAAUAUAUCCCCCUUUUUUAUUAUUAUUUAAUUACAUCUUUACAUUAUAUUAGGAAUUGAUUGUGUGUGUGGUUGUCUGAGAGUGAGAAAGAGAAAACAUACAUUUAUUUAUUCUUCACACCAAAUUGUUGAGACCCUCCCCGGGCGCCCCCUGGCGGCCCCCACUUUGAAAACCACGGAGUUAAAGGAUUCCCCAAGCUUGGUCCUGGAGUACCCCAUAUCCUGCACAUUUUAGUGUUUUCCCUACUCCCAGCACACCUCCAUCUAUCUAUCCAUCUAUCCAUCCAUCUAUCCAUCCAUCCAUCUAUGCCGCUUUAUCUAUCCAUCCAUCUAUCCAUCCAUCCAUCUAUGCCGCUUAUCCUACACAAGGUUGGAGGGAGCCUGAAGCCUGUCCUAGGCAACUCGGGGCACACCUCACACACACAACAGACAAUUAGGAAACACUAAUCAUCCUACAAGACAUGUCUUUAGACUGGGGGAGGAAACCAGAGUACCCGGAGUUUUUUGGAGAGGGACCUUCCGGCUUUUUAUCAGCACUCAGUUCAAAAGCCUGAAUCUCUGAUGGGAUGGGGGUGCAUUAGUGCCUAUGGAAUUGGCAGGUUGCACAUCUGGAAAGACACCAUCAAUGCUGAAAGGUAUAUACAGGUUUUAGAGCAACAAAUGUUCCCAUCCAAACUCCACCCCAUCUUUACUUCUGAGAGACUCUGCCUCUCUGAGAUUUUUUAUUUUUUAUUUUUUACACACAAUCAUGUUAUUGACCUGUUGCCAGUUAACCUAAUUAGUUGCAAAAUGUUCCUCCAGCUGUUUCUUUUUAGUAACACUUACUUUUCCAGUCAUUUCUUGCCCCAUCCCAACUUUUUUGAGACGUGUUGCAGCCAUCAAAUUCAUUCUUAUUUUUUUUUUAUUAAAAUGGUACAUUUCAUCAGUUUAAACAUUUGAUACAUUUUCUAUGUUCUACUGUGAAUAACACAUGGGUUUAUGAGAUUUGCAAAUCAUUGCAUUCUGUUUUUAUUUACAUUUUGGGCUUGUACAAAUCCCUCUCCUGCACUUGUCUGCAGCUUGAUUGUUUAACAAUACUAAACCUAAUACUAACCUGUUUAUCACCAUGUAUAUGAAGUCAUAUAUGGGAGUGGUCAGGCCAUGUUAUAUAAUCAGAUGUUUCUAUGAUUGGUGAAUGUACAGUACUGUGCAAAAGUCAUGCAAAGAAAUGCUGUAGUGCAAAUAUGCCUUCAAAAAUAAUGAAAUUAAAUGUUUCUCCAUUUAAAAAUAUUAUAUAGAGCAGUAAACAGUAAUAAAUGAAAGAAAGGCAAUAUUUGGUGUGACGACCCUUUGCUUAAAAGAAAAGUAGUCGCAGGUAGAAUUAGUGCAGUUUUAUAAGGAAAUGAUCUGUAGGGUUUAUUGAGCAUCUUGCAGAACCAGACACGGUUCUUCUGGAGACUUUGACUGCCACACUCGCUUCUUAUUUCUGCAGCAAAACCCAGCAGCCUUCAUUGUGUUUUUUGUCUAAAAAGUGUCUCCUACCGCUUAAUCUGCUGCUUUCUUUACUGACAUACAAACAUUUUUCUGUAACAUUUUAAUUUUGUGCUUAAAAACUAAUGUUUGGGAAUCUAAAAUGUUUUUGUACUGACUCGAUAAUGUAGAAGUCAUCAAAUAAAAAUCUAUAACAAAGUUUGUUGUAAAAAAAUAGGCUUCCUAAGACUUUUGCACAGUACUGUAUGUCCACUAAUGUGUUUAUGACAGUUAAUAAGGAUUAGAGUGCUCUGAAGCUAGGUCAAUCUUACGAGCAUCUACAGCAUGGCAGUGUGGGAUUACCGUUACUUAUUUCACACACAUGCAUGCACACUGUUCAUAUGUCACCUGUGCAGAUGGAGCCAAAGACAGGUAAGUUAUUGCUUGAGGACUGAUUAUAUAAAGCUUUUAUGUGAUACAUGUUUUAAUGUUAUGUUGUUUUUUUUUUUUUUUUACUGAAUAUGAAUAAGAAUUUUCCAGAGUUUCAAAUGUCUGCAUUCUAGUAAAUGCGGAUAACAUAAAACCUGCAGCUGGUGCCAGCGAAGGGUGUGAAUAGUUUUACUCAGUUUCUAUUUGUAUGGUUCUUCCUGUGCCUAAAACAAAUAAUUUCUUGUUUUCUCUUUAGCUAUUUAUCCCUUAGCAAUGCUGAAAACUAGUUAUUACUGCUCAGAUGUAAGCAUACAGCCAAUUACAUGCAGGUUCCCACCAAACUGCCUCACUUAACCUGUGCCUGUAGUGUAGCCUGCUAACUAGCAGUGUUUGAUCUCCGUCCACUCUACCUGUCCUCCGUCUACAUCCUGUCUCCGGUAUGACCUCGCUGAUUCCAGUGCCAAAGCCCUCAUAUUCCCAGGCCAGGGAAACCCUGGUAAAGGCCAUUCCCCCAAAGGUCAUCUGCUUGCUGGCCUGUGGGGGAAGAGACUGCCGCUAUGAGGGGCCAGUGUGCUGGAGACCAAGCCAACAGGCCAUUAAGGGCCUCUUCUCUAGCUGGGUGACUGACGACAUUGUUGCCAUGGCAAGGCCAUCCACCAAUCUCAUUAAGACGUACAACUUAAUAGACCAGUUUAAAAAGUUGAACAUUAAAUCCAUCAUUAAUAUGCAGCUGCCAGGUGAGCACGCUCACUGCGGUCCUGAACUGGAGCCUGACAGCGGCUUCACAUACUCACCUCAGAUAUUCAUGGAGAAUCAGAUUUACUUCUAUAACUUUGGCAUGGCUGAUUUUGGCGUGUCAUCUCCGGAGGGGAUUCUAGAUGCAGUGAAGGUUUUGGCCUUCUCUGUGCAGGAGGGUAAAGUGGCUGUACACUGUCAUGCUGGACUGGGCAGAACAGGAGUGCUGAUUGCAUGCUACUUGAUCUACACGUUAAGGAUCAGUGCUAGCGAGGCUGUGCACUAUGUGCGGAUAAAGAGGCCUUGCUCGAUUCAGACCCGUGCCCAGAUCAACCUGGUGUUUGACUUUGCGAGGCUCCUGGGCUCCCAGCUUGUGCAGUACCCAAUGCCAAACAUGCGGCCUGGUGCCCCAUUCAGUAUGAGGCAGUAUCUUCAGCGCCAGGUCAUGCUCUUACAUGGUGAAGAGGCCCAUUCCCUUGCACACACACCAAAGAUCUUGCAUUUUCUGUGCAGCCUGCUGACAGCCCUCGCCCAGGGAACAGCCAGUCCUCUAGAUGUUCGGCAGGAACUGGAGAAAAAAGCAGCCAUUUUGGUUCUACAGCAGGCUGUGAGGAAUGUAUUGGCACGUCAGUGGUAUUUGCCUGUCCUGGUGGAAGGGGAAGACCGUUGCGUGUCUGUCUCUUCCUGGGACGAGCCUUUCGGAUUUUUAGAAAGGAAGAGGGAAAUGCUUUUGAACAAGCGCAGUUACAGUGAAUCAGACCUCAGCAAAAUUUCUCUAAACAAGGACAUGAAAUUUAUACACAGGUCGACACUGUUUGGGAAUGAUGGUAAAGUCUAUAAUGGAAUUUCGAGUCAUUUAAGAAAGGAGGAAUCGGUAAAUCCUGCUUUGAGUGUCUGGAUAAAUGAGUCUAACUGUGUAACAGACAGACAGACACACAUAUCAUCAUCAAAUCAUCACCUGGGUAAGCCCAAUGCUGGCAAGAGGGCAAUGUGCAUGAUGAAAACAUCUAAAGAAUUCCCAAAAUUCAGCUCCAAUAUCGAGCUCUGUAAAAAUAACAAGUAUGGAAAAGGGUCAACCGCAUCAAGAGCUGUUGCUAAAGCAAUGGCACAACAGGAACCCGCAGGCAGCAAAAUCCUGCAAAGAGCUGCACUAUUACAGGAGGAACUGAACAUCAGCGCUUAUGGAUGGGCCACACUGGCCAUGGAGACAGACCCGAAAGUUCUAAGUGCUCUGAUGUGGAUCUGGUUAGAAAAACUAAAGGAUCCUGUCCUGAGUGCAGACGACAUAAGUAAACUAACAAAUACGCCUGGUCCAAAUCCCCUAAAAAUGCUGCACAAGUCACAGCGUAGCACUCUGUGUUGUUUGCUGAGCUGUGUGGCUCAAGUGACAUCUCAGUGUCCACACCUUGAAGCCCCUGUCCUGCAGAAGCUUAUCAAGGCACUGACCAGGUACCGUACAGAAGAAACAGAGAGCUAUAAUGUCUUGCUGAAGAUGUUUGGAGCCAAAGUAAGAGAUAUCAAGCAUCUCUCAUGCUUCCACGUGGCUACAGGGAUGUCAGCAAUCGGAAAAAUAUAUUAAAGUGCUGUGGACCAAAUGGACCAAAAAAUGCAUAAAUAAAUCCAUUAAAAUACACUGUUUUUCCCCUAUGAACUGGGUGGCUUAGUGGUAUGUUUGCCUCGCACUUCUGGGGUUGGGGAUUCGAUUCCCGCCUCUGCUCCUGCGUGCGCAAAGUUUGCAUGUUGCAUGUUCUCCCCGUGCUUCGGGGGUUUCCUCCAGGUACUCCGGUUUCCUCAUCCAGUCCAAAAGACAUGCAUUGUAGGCUGAUUGGCAUCUCUAAAUUGUCCAUGGUGUUUGAAUGGGUGUUUGAAUGUGUUUUCCAGCAUCUUCUGCAUAUUUACCCACUUUCCAACAGCGGCUAUAUGAUGUUCAGAUCCAUCUUUUCACACUGAGGACAACUGAGGGACUCGUACAGUCACGACUAUUACAAAAGGUGCAAACAUUCACUGAUGCUCAAGAAGGCAACACGAUACGUUAAGAGCCACGGAGAUGUAAACUUUUGAACAGGAUGAUUGGUCUAAAUUGUUAUAUGCAGUAUUUAAUUUCACAGCCAGUCAUAUUUAAAAGUCUGGCAGCCAGAUCCAAAUAUAUCUAUUCCCUUUUGAGUUCCCAUUCCAGUCUGGUUUCUCUCAAGGAUUCUUCUUCAGGUCAUUUCAGGGGGGAUUUUUCUUGCAACUCUCACCUCUGGGUUGUUCAUUAGGGAUCUCAAGAUACCUCCAGAUUUCUAUAAAGCUGCUUUGUGACAAUGUCUGUUGUUAAAAGGUUAUACCUGGGGCUCAAAAUAAAAUCACCAAAAUAUAAACCUGGAUA